AUGAUUGGCACUAUUGCUGUCAGCGAUGCGGCUCCAAAGAAACGCAUUGCUGUUCUCUAUUUUGAGGAUCACAGUCGCUUUGAUUCUCCUACCGGAUGUGGUUGUGUCCCUACCUUCAUCGGAAACAUAAUCAGCACAAAGAAACGAUGGGAUUUGGAGGCGGGAUUUGCCAAAAUGCUCAAUCGGAAACUCGUCGAAACGAAUGUGUAUGAACCCGUCAGUAAAGAUGAACUCCUCGAUGCUAUGGCACUUAUGACGCUCUCACGGCAGAACCUAAAGAAACUGGAUCAGGCGCAACGCGCAACGCUUGCGAAGCAUCUCAAUGCAGACGUAAUUGUAGUGGGCGAUAUCCGAGAAUUUAAUCAAGAGCGGUUGAGAACUAACGCUUCGCGUACACUGCGGGAAGGUGGACGUGAAGCGCAGCGAGGCUCUACAAGCGCAAGUUACCUUGCUCCCGUUAUUCUGCGAGGGUCUCUACACCGUGCCACCGUUAGACUGAACAUGAAAUUCUACAAUGCAUCCGGCAGUCCUGUAGCUGAACCUCGAAUUUCCGCCAGCCGAGACCAUUCGUACGCCGGUACAAAAUUCGCUUCCCUUGAAGCCAGUGUGACCGAAGAAGGAACAAAUCUCUCUUUUGGUCAAACAAGGGACAGUCAGCGGAAAAAUCCGCGUCCGAUUGUCAAACCAACCGAACUUAAUGAAAUCCAGUUUGCGAGUACCGAAUACGACAGAACCCUUUUCGGAGUGGUAACCAAUGAGGCGUUAAUCAAAGUGGUUUUAGCACUUCGAGAUAGCGUCGGACCUAAUUUUAUUACACCUUGGGAACCGAAGACCACAACCCCCAAAGAAGGACAGGAAACUCCGACAAUGGCAUCUGGGGAACCUGUCAAAGGCAAAAUUCAGUACGUGGACAAUGAGCAUCCGGAUAAGAUUUAUGUCAAUAUCGGUUCCAGCAAGCGGAUAGCUAUCAACCAAGAGUUCGCUGUCUAUACCAAAGGCAAUCCGGUACGAGAUUUAGAUACCGGUGAAAUUCUAACCUAUGUACCAAAGCAGAUCGGACUCAUGGCGGUUUCUGAAAUCCUGAAUGAUAAGGUUUCUAUCUUCCGGGUUAUUGAAACGACGGAACCCCUCAAAAUCGGCGAUGCUGUUCGCGAGAUUACACCCGAUCCUGACGCACCUGCAGAAUCCGAUUCUGAAUCAAGUUCGGCUGAAGAAGAACAAUAA